GACACCAAAGUGUUAGCCAGCUGGAAAUGAUCAAAUGAAUCCAGUAUUGAAUCCCUGAAAUCCACCAACAUCUCUUAAAAAAUUAAUUAAGACACCAACCAACCAAUUCAAGAACUUUCACAGAUCAAAUUCACUGAUUCUAAUCUACUUCUUCUACUGUUCUACAGCACCUCUUAGCUAAUUUUAGACCCACCAAAACCCAAUAAAAACUACUAAAAUCAUUUUCAGAAAAAUAACAUAUCAUCAAUUCAGACAAAUUCCAAAACUACAAAAGUUUCCAUUUUUUGUUUCCCCAAUUCAAUUUUCUCUCUCUCUCCUCCAUUUUAGUCCCCCACCACCAUCACCAUUCACCAUCAUCAUUUCUCCACCAGAAUAACAGUCUAAGAAAAAGACACCCAAAAGAAAAAGAAAAAGAAAAAGAAAAAAAAGGAGGUACCUUUAAUUCUCUCUCCUCCCAAAUUUCAUUCUAGAUCUAGUUGCUUAAAUCAUCUUGUGUAAGAUAAUUACCCCAUCAUUUUUUAUCAACAAAAAAAAAAAAAACCCACAAAUUUAAUCUCCCCUUUAUCCCUUUUUCUCUCUCCUAUUUAUGAUUUCUUAGCAGUGAAAUUACAAUUUUCUGGGUUUUUUUUGAAACCCUAGAAAAUUCUUAUCCAAACCCUAAUUUCCGACAAUGGCGACAAGAGGGUCAAGAACAGAGAAAGUGAAACGAAUUUUCAAUCAAUUCGAUUUGAACAAAGAUGGUGGACUUAAUCGAGCUGAAAUGGCGGCUUUAGUUGUUGCAGUAAACCCUAGGGUUAAAUUUUCCGACGAACAAAUUAACGCAAUUCUCGAUGAAGUAUUCCGAACUUACGGCGAAUUUAUCGACGGAGAAAAGGGUUUAACAUUAGACGGACUAUUACGAACUUACGAUGAUGGUGCAGGAGAUGUUGAUCGUGAUUUCGAAGCUUUAAAUCUGGAUGGAGAAAACGACGGUAUAAUUGCAGAAGCGUCGACAUCAUUUGCUCCGGAUGAAAUGGGAAUUGAGCCACAGAAGAAGCAGAGGACGGCGGCGUGGGCGGCGUCGCCGAAUCAUGGGAUAGUGUUUGAUGAGACAUGGAAAUUGGUGGAUGAUUUGGAGAUAUUGAUAAAGAGGUUGAAGACAAAGCAGGUGAAAGAAGGGAAGUUAAAGAAUGAUAAUUCGGAUGUGUUUUCGGAUGCCGGUUGGUCGAGGGAAUUCGGACCGGCGUCAUCGGAGAGUUGGGAGCGUGUGAAUUGGGUGGAAUCAGGGCAUGAUUAUAGUGCAUUUGUGAAAGAAUUAGGUGGAUUAAGAGGGAAGGCAGAUGGGGCAAGGUCAAGGGAGGAAGCAUUUGAUGGGCAUAUGGCAAUUGGUAGGGUUUUGUAUGAGCAUCAACUUUUUAAGGAUGGUUUAGUAAGUUUUAAGAGAGCUUGUGAGUUGCAACCAGUUGAUGUUAGGCCACAUUUUAGAGCUGGGAAUUGUUUGUAUGCAUUGGCAAAAUUUGGGGAAGGAAAAGAGGAGUUUCAAUUGGCUUUGGAAGCAGCCGAAACCGGUGGGAAUCAAUGGGCUUAUUUGCUCCCUCAAAUUCAUGUCAAUUUGGGGAUUACACUUGAGGCUCAAGGUAUGGUUUUAAGUGCUUGUGAACAUUAUAGAGAAGCUGCUAUUUUGUAUCCUACUCAUUAUAGGGCUUUAAAGCUUUUGGGUAGUGCUCUUUUCGGGGUAGGGGAAUAUAGGGCAGCUGUUAAAGCUUUGGAGGAGGCUAUUUUUAUGAAACCUGAUUAUGCUGAUGCACAUUGUGAUUUGGCUUCUGCUUUGCACGCGUUGGGGGAUGAUGAGAGAGCUAUAGUAGAGUUUCAGAAGGCGAUUGACUUGACACCGGGUCAUAUUGAUGCUUUGUAUAACUUGGGAGGGUUGUAUAUGGAUAUGGGGAGGUAUCAGAGGGCUUCAGAGAUGUACACUAGGGUUUUGACAUUGUGGCCAAACCAUUGGCGGGCACAGCUUAAUAAGGCGGUUUCUUUGUUGGGUGCCGGUGAAUCCGAUGAGGCUAAGAAAGCGAUGAAGGAAGCCUUGAAGAUGACAAACAGGGUUGAGGUGCAUGAUGCCAUUGCUCAUAUGAAGCAAUUGCAUAAGAAGAAAGUGAAGGCUAAUGGAAGUGCCAAUGGAGAGAAUUCUUUCACCAUUAUUGAACCCAUGAAAUUUAAGACUUUGGGUACCAAGACAACAUCUAGGCAGGAGUUGGCAACUGCCCUUGAGAUCAGAGCGUUUCAGAGAUUGUCGAGACUGGGUAGGUGUGAUGUGGAUCUUAUAAUGAGGGAAAUCAGUGAUAGCGAUGUUCCCUUGUCGUUCUCGGGUACUGGUAUUCCAGAGAAAUCCAUACGCAAGAAUGCUUUGGAGGGAAUUCUCCGCAGGCUGCUCGGAUUCUUGAAGCCCGAAACAUUUCAAGAAGCAAUCAAAGCUAUAAAUGAAAGAAUCCUAUCUGUUUUAGAUGAUUCUGGACUGUCAAGGGUGGAUAUUGGUAUGUUUUAUGCAGUCAUUGCUCCUAUUUGUGGCGGCUCUCCAGAGAAACGAAAACGGGUUGCGUUUGAGGCGCUUUUGUAUCGCCCUGUUAAUGAGGGCAACGGGCAACUAAGGAAAUCUGAUGCCUCCAGGUAUAUGAAGCUUUUGAGAGCCAUUUACAACCCUGUACAAGGGUCAAGUCAAAUAUUGGAAAUACAUGGGGAGUCAGAUACUUCUAUGGUGUCUAUAACAGAAUUCCUUGGAAUGUUCGAUGACCCAGAAUUUGGUUUUGGUAUUCUGUCCACCCUGCUGAGACUGGAGACUGGUGAUCGUGUGCGGCAUGGUCACUAUGUGUGCGCAGUGUGUCGCUACCCUAUUAUUGGUUCUCGGUUUAAAGAAGUGAAAGCUCAUUUUAGUUUGUGUAAUUUAUGCUAUAGUGAAGGUAAAGUGCCUUCUGCAGUCAAGCAGGAAGAGUUUGCAUUCAGGGAGUACCAAAGGGAGGCAGAAGCUGCAAAAGAUAAGUUCAAAUGUUUUGGUUCCAAAAAGAACCAGUCUUGAAAUUAAUUCCUUAGCUAAGCAUUAUUGUUAAUUGUGUAUUAGUUUCAUUUUUAUCUUGUAAGAAUAGCUGUUUGGUGUGAAUUAUAUAGGUUAGUGGAUGUGUGCAGAAGCUAAUGUUGUCCUUGUAUAGUAAUUUUUUCCCCUAGUGUCAAAUGUGAAUUCUUUCUGUUCAAUUC